AAAGCUUUUAAAACAAAAAUAAUAUCGGGACCGCACAAAGGAACCCCGAAAAAUACAAAUGUUUUAACUUUUAAAAAGCCGGUUAUUUGCUUUAAGUACGGGCAGUUAGGCCAUAUCGUUAUAGCAUGCAAAAUACGGACGAACAACCCGGAAACCCCGUUGGCUUUAGCAAUUAUACAAAAAGCGAAAAGGAAAAAGCCUAAAGUACGGUAUUACGGGUAUAAAAAACUGGGCUAUAUCCGGCCGGCGUGCUUUAAAAAAAGCAAAAUAUUGCUACCCAACUUAAUACCGCUAUUUGGCCGUUUAAGCACCGGGGCCUAA